UCUACAAUGCCGUCAUCAAAACGAACAAAUAUGAUUAGGAAAUAUUAAGACAUGAAUUGAAAUUUUAAUUAUGGAAAAAAAUAAGCUGACGACUUUCUUAUGGAAUUUAUUGCUGGCAUUCUUGUUAUUUAUUCCUAAGCCAGUAAUAUCUUUGCCUAUCCAUCUUAUGAUAGCCUUACCAGAAGAGGAUGCGACAAAGCUGUCCAAAGGACUGAGAAGAACCAUUGAUGACUUCAAGGGUGAGGGUGAAGGAAUGAACGCAUCAACAAUAUUGGUCACAGGAAACAUUACUGAUAUAAUCGAUGGUGUGUGUGACAGUAUCCAGAAACUGAAUCCUCAUGUUAUUUUGUCGUUUUUGCCUCCUAAGAGGACAUUUUAUAUAUCUAUGAUAGCUGGGCAAGCUGGAAUACCUGCUAUGACAGUGACUAGAGACUACACAGAUGUGGCGGUGAAGGAAAUGAACGAGUGGCUGAUCAGCCUGGAUCCGGAUCCCGAGGACCUUGCAGACGCAUUGUUCCAUUUCUUGACGUCUCAAGACUGGUACGAAGUGACCUUACUUCUGGACGAGUCCAUCUUUUCCGGAUCCGUCAGCAGGAGACUCCUAGCUCUGUCCAACGGGCCACCCCUGCUCAAAAUAAUCAAAUUGCCACCAGCCAGGUCGAAGUUGUUGAGUAUUCUGAGCUCCUGCCAUACGUCUAAAACUCGUGUCCUGGUGCUAUGCUGUUCUGGAGGAAAGAGGACUCGGCAGGUGUUUCAGGAGGCCAGAAAAAUCAAGAUGCUCGAACAGGAUUGGAUAUGGAUCGUGAUGGAAAAAGCCACCUCCAAUCCUGAAUCUGGAAAUUAUCCUGUAGGAAUUCUUGGCCUAAGAUUGAAACAUCAAGUCACCAAUAAACACAGUGUGCGAUCAGCAAUGGAUGUAGUAGCAGAAAGUGCCAAGUACUUAGAUGGCAACUUCCAGCUAGUUGGCAAGGGAAACGAAUCCAACAUUAGCUGCUGGAACAACGCUUCAGCACACAGAAGAAGAGUGACAGAAGCGCUUCAUACUGUCAUUAAAAGACAACUAGAACGGGAGAGUGCGGUGGCCAGAGAAGGACUGGAACCUCCAGUGUUCGAGAUCUUAAACUUGGUUUCAGGACCCCACUCUUCUCGUCGUCGAUGGAAACGUUUGGGGAACGUGACAGGGUCCCGUGUCCACAUGGACGCCGUCGUCUGGCUGAGGGCUCCAUGGAGUUCUGGAUCGGUUUCACGAAGGGGUGGGCCGCUCUCCAGGCCUCCUGCUGCAGGUGGUCGUCAACGAUUCCGCGUAGUGACGGCCUACUCACCCCCCUUCGUAAAGCCGGGGACUCGAGUCGAAAAUGGCAGCUGCUUGAUAGGAGUGCCUUGCCUUCAAGUGAAUACUAGUGACAAAGAUGCCAUAGUGGCCAUUUUCGCCGAUUACCACGCAGGAAGAUCGGAAGGAAUGCUGUACAACAUUACAUGCUGUGCCGGAAUCUCCAUAGCUCUGCUGCUUGCCCUUUCGAGGGACUUGGGUUUCGAAUUCGAUCUGUACUUGGUGGCCGACGGUUUUUUUGGAACGAUGCGCGGGAAAGAGUGGAACGGCAUCACGGCCGAUUUGGUAUCCGGUGCAGCCCACAUGACUUUCGCCGCCUUCAGUAUGACCAGUGCCAGGCAACAGGUCAUCGAUUUCUCCGUCCCUUACUUUCAUUCUGGCGUGUCUUGUCUUACCUCAUCCCAAUACAGAGUGGUUCCACUGUCGGCCUUUCUGGUGCCCUUCAGCAUCCAACUAUGGGUGGCGAUCUUCUGCGGUCUGACAGCGACAGCCGUCGCGGCCGCCGUCUACGAAUGGCUCAGUCCAUUCGGUCUCAACCCAUGGGGCAGGCAGAGAACCAAGAACUUCAGCUUGGCCUCGGCUCUCUGGGUGAUGUGGUCUUUGCUCUUCUCGCACCUAGUGGCCUUCAAAGCGCCCAAGUCCUGGCCCAACAAAGUACUCAUCAACAUCUGGGGGUGCUUCAGCGUAAUCUUCCUGGCCUCCUACACGGCCAACAUAGCUGCCCUCUUCGCAGGGCUAUUCUUUCACCUCAGGGUUGAUGACUUCCAUGACGCGCAGCUCUUGAACCUCCGCACUGGAACUGCCAGAGGAAGCGCAGCGGAAUUCUACGUUCACAAAGAGAACCCAGAACUGUAUCAACACAUCCAACGUUACGGAGUAGACACAUUAGAGAUGGGUCUUCAGGAACUCAGAAAUAAAGAACUAGACAUGCUUAUCGGAGAUACCGCGGUUCUGAACUACUUCAGAGGGAAUGACCCUGGUUGCAGCCUUCAUCUUCUGGCUGAUUCGAUUUUCGACGACGCAUAUGCUGUGGGGGUACAGAAAGAUUUUCCACUCACUGAAGCCAUAUCGGAGAUGCUUUUAAAGUACAGCGAGUAUGGCUACGUGGACCAGUUGCAGAAGAAAUGGUAUGGACGUGUGCCUUGUUUCGAUGACCGCUUGCACCGCUUCAACCAACCGGAGCCCCUUAGCGUGGAAGCCGUGGCAGGGGUCUUCAUCAUGUUGUUGGUCGGGGUGGGAGUAGGUGUCCUCAUCCUCAUCCUGGAACAUGUCAUCUUCAGAUACGCCCUUCCUAUCCUUAGAAAGAAGCCCAAGGAAUGCAUCUGGAGGAGCCCGAACCUUAUGUUUUUCAGUCAGAAACUUUAUCGGUUUAUUAAUACAGUAGAGCUCGUUUCGCCCCAUCAUUCUGUAAAAGAAAUAAUUUCCAACUUGAAAGAAGGUCAAAUUGCAAGUCUGUUUCAAAAAAGUGUGAAAAAGAAAUUUAAAGAAGAAGCUCGAAGAAGAAAAAGCAAAUCGCAAUUCUUUGAUAUGAUACAAGAAAUAAGAAGAGCGGUUCGCCAACAAAAUGACACAAGGACGUCCAUAACGUGGGAGGACUCUCGAACGCAACUGACGUCCCCUCCAGUAGUAACCACACCUCUGGAAGGGGAAGUACCGUGGGAGAUAGACGAGAACGAAGCUGUGGAAGAGGAAGAGAGUGACGAUGAUGAUGACGAUGAAAAUCGUUUUCAGAUACCAGAAAUCCGAUUCACGUCGAGCUUUCAAGACCUUACCCAAACAUCGGUGCUUCUUCAUUCUUACAGACCUAGAUAUUAUUCAGAGUCGCCAGAGGAACCAGACUCUUUAGUGGAAUCUUAUAGUUCGACGAGCACUGCCACUUUCUUCAAUCGCGUCCGGACGAGACUCAGCGCUAGUGCCAGCGACUUAACGUCCAUGCAAGUCAAAGACGACCCCUGGUUAAAGAUCGGCGUCCUCACCUCCCCGAGAGUCCGGUCGCUGGACGAUAUCCAGAACUUGCGCAAAGAUUCCUUGACCAGCGAGAACAAAGAGAGAAUAGAAUCCUUAGAAUUUGCCGACAACCUCAGUGCCACAUGGAGAUCAUCCUACACCAUUGACGAACUCAGACUGCUGUCCAUGAGCAAAGAAGACAUCGUUAGAAUGUGGCAAGGUUCAGAAAGGGCGCUGCUUAAUAGACUUCAAGACACAUUGAAAGAGAAACGACUUUUGGAACAAAAGUUAGCUUUUGUACAGAAGACACUGCUUAAACCUCCUUGAGAAAAACAGACAAACAAGGAUAGCGGAUCAGAAAGAUAUUGGAAAUUUCGCCUCGAGGAAAUAACACAAUGUGUUCAUUUAUCGAUGCUAAAAGUUGCAAGAAGUGUCAUGAAACAUUUGCAGGAAGUAAUUUCGAUCAUUUAUUUACAUAGCGACCCUAGAAGCUAUAAUAGAAAUUUUAGUAAAUCCAGGUCAUAAAUUGAGCUUUGAUAAAUACUAGAAAUCGACUACAAUUAGUCCAAAGAAUAUUUGAAAGUAUACAGAGGAAAAAAAUAUUUUUUAAAUUGCUACUACGUCAUCUAUAGAGAUAGCAAAACGUGCCCAAACAAGCACAAAGUAGUGGUAGAACUUUAAAUAUAAAACUUAUUCUGAGUCGAUAUUUUCCCAGUUUCCCAAUAUAGUCCAUUGACUUUUAAAUUGUAUAAUUAGAUUUCAACUUUACAAUUAGCUACGAAAUUUUCAAUUGCUUUAGUGAUA